GAGAGGUGCGAGUCAGUCAGUCAGUCAGUCAGUUCUCUAACCGCACAGAGUUCAAACAGAGAGGAGCUUCGGAGUUGCUUUGCGGUUACAGACAGCCGCACAGUUCUGUGCAGGAUUGCAGUUUCACCUGCCCGAGAUCACGGGACGCUACGGUUCACCUGAGCGGCACCAAAACGUCGUUUGCAUGAAACUGAAGCCAGAUAAAAGCAGUGGAUGCAGCCACGCUCCAUUUAAAGGAGGGUGGAAGAUUGGGAGACGCGCUGACGAGAACCCGGUUACGACUAAAAGUUCCAAGCCCAGCCUGAAACGCAUCAUGUCCCUCAGCACCUUCCACCUCAUGCAGACCCUGAAGAACUCGCCCGCCGAGCUGCGGCGCAGAUUCCGCCGCGACCAGACGGAGUCCUUGUCCCACGGCGACCCUCUGUUCAAAGUGCACUACCUGGGGACGGAAAAGAUCUUUUCUCUGGACCGGGAGCAAGCAGAGGAGGCCAUUUCUCACUUGCUGGAGGGUAUCGCGAACGGGAAGAAGCUCAGGAAGGACCACGCCCUUGUCGUGCGGCCCAGAUACGUCGAGGUCAAAGAGCUGAGCACGGGUCGGCAGCUCACGAAGACCUACCUGCAGGACAUUGCGUACUGCGCCGCCGACACCAACCGGCCCAACGUCUUCUUGUACAUCUGCAAGCACCGGGGGCAGCAGCUGCAGUGUCGGGUGUUCUGGUGCAGCCGUGCGGAGCGAGCGCGGGACAUGACCGCCUGUCUGGGACUCUCCUUCCAGCGGGCGAUGAGCGACUGGCAGCAGACCGGCGUGGCCACGAUGCCGUCGGGAGAGGUGAAAGGAAAACUUGCAGAGGACUCGUCCAAUUCUCAAGUCAAAGCAAAGAGCUCCACGCUGCCAGCCGGUCUGGGAAAAGUUCGCUGGAGGAAGAGAGGCUCUGUAUCCCGCAGCCCCAUGAGAACAAUCACCAGGAGAGGAUCGUCCUCUGACAGCUUGAACUGAAACCUGUUCUUUUUUCUUUUUUUUUGUUGUUGUGGUCAGAUGUGGGACCACUUUAUUGACAACCUCGCUGAAGGGAAGCGACUGAUUGAAAAAUACAAUGAAGACCACAGUGGAUGUUAAUGAGACAUGAGAAAGGUCCAUAUUUGGAUAUAAGAACUGGUCAUGGGUGGAUGCUGCCGUAAUCAGUGAGGACUUGGAGAUAGGAGAUUUUUUUUCUUUUUGACUGGGCAGAGUUGCCUUUGGACUUUUGCAAGCGCAGAGUCCAACCGGGCACAAGAUACUGAACUGUGACAGGCCGCAAGGCUGUGUGAGGACUAGACUGGGACAUACCCAAACUGUCUGUCAUGGGUUUUUAAUUUUGUUUUUGGGCUUGUUUGAUGUUCUGUUUGAUGCUGAAGCCACCAAAGACUUUGAUCUGCUGGAAAGAGACAGUUAAACCAACCAAGUACCUGCUCUUGGCCAAACAGUCCCCCGGCAAAACUGGAAAAGCACCACGAGAACCUGGAAGUCCUUUUUUUUUCUUCUUUUUCGAGAUUUAUUUAUAUUUAAGUGACACAUGUGACAGAGUCAUGAAGUAGUUAUUUUCUUUUUCAGCCUGUUCCAUUAAUGAGCAUUUCUUUUUUUGUUUUUGUUUUUUUUCCCUACUUUUGUAGUUGGAUGAACAAAUUUAAGACGACUAAGACAAUGCGGGCAUGUCAUACCAAAGUAAAGUUUAGUUUGUUUUUUCCUUUCCCCACCAAGUCUGUGAUAUGCAUAAUUAGUCUGAGCACAUUCGAGUCCUUUUUAAGAUGAUCUCACUCAGGAAAUUGAAGUUUUUAUUGAUAUGAGGUCAGUUCUCAGUGUAAUGCAUGCCAGAGGGAAAAUGGACAUUAUCAGAAUAGAGGUGUUAAUAAUAAUAAUAAUUUUAAAAAGUCUCUGCUUAACCUGCAAAACAAAAAAAGGUCCUAAUUGUCUUUAGCAAUAAAUAAUUAGCAUUUAUGUGAGGGGUGGGGAAGCCUCAGCAGUGACUUGCUGGUUGUUUGUGUCCCACACUGGGAACACUGUGUUCCUGUGUGAAACCUGCGUGAGGAAUGCCGGGCCAUGCACCUGCAUUCCAAAUAGGGGGGGAAACUUGAGAUGAAGGGUGGCGGCGCCUUUCUUUCCUAGAAAAACCCCAAAUUCUUCUUGUCCACCCGUGACUUUGCAUAUUGAGCAGCCUUGUCGGUAAACAGCACGCCGUGCUUUUUUUUUUAAAUUGCUCCUUCACAUCAAUAAAAGCCAUAAAAGGUGCCGGAGUCCAUCUAGAGUGACCGUUCUGGUCACACACGUGUGCCGUGUUGCGUAACUUGUGCCAUGAUGGUAAUUUUUUUAUCUCUAGGUUUACAAACAUGAGAGACAGGAGGAUUGUUGAUGAAGCCAGAGGUUACUGUUAACUCCAUUUUCUGUUUUCUGACCAAAACGAAGCUAAAAAUGUCUUUUCUUUUUAAACAGGGAAGGUUUUUUUUUUUUUUUUUUCCUGACUGAUGUGCAACCAGGUUGUUAUUGGUUAAUUUUAACAUGAUGUACCUGACUUUUUAAUUACAAACGGCACAAGCCUCAUCUCAGAAAAGGCGUCGAUGUGCCCGCUUUUAAGAUGUAUUUAACGAGUGUUCUGUUUUUAUGUUGUCGUACAUAUUUAAAUAUGUAUUUUAUGGAAUAUUAAAAGUUUUUUAUAAAGCA